AUGUUGAUUUCAUUAGGUUUGAAUAAUUAGGUUGCUAAGAUCAUUGACUCAAUAGAUCAAAGUGAGAAAAUAAAUUUUCAAAAAAUAUAUAUUCAGAAUCAGUGGGCCUUUAUUUCAUUCUGCUUGCAAAUACUUAAAAUUAUUGUGGCUUCCCUUAAACUGUAUUCCAAAACUGAAAGCAUUUUCAAAUAACACAAUAAUUUAUUUUUUAAGUUUAUGAAUUUGUCAGAAAAAAAAUAAGAUACACUUUCAUUUUUUCUCUAAAUAAACAUGAAAGAAUUUUUUAGGCUGUUUCUUGUUGACAGACAGCAAAUUAAAAUUUUAACUAAUAAUGUCUAGAAUUAAAUAGAAUAAAAUUUUAUUUAAUGCUUUAAAUCCAUCUUUUAAAACAACAAAUUAUCAUUAUUAAAAAUAAAAUAAAUGAAAACACAACUUCUCAUAUUGGCAAUCAUUUCUUUAACUUACGCUUAAAGACUAAGCUUCAACGAUGCAAAUUGCAAUAAAUAUUUGCUCAAGUUCGGAGCUGCUAAUAAUGCUGAUGGAUCUGGAGCCACAAAGUUGGCUUUUACAGGGGAUGUUGCCUUUGUUACUGGAUCCACUGACGUUAAGGUGAACCUUAGGUAUUCCGAUGUUGAUCUUUUCAAUGACCCAACAUAUUUCGGUCUUGUUUAAGAAGAUGGAAAAACAGCAGCUACCACAUGUCUUGAUCUUAAGUUAUGGAAAUUCACUUCUAAUACUUAUUCUGACCCAGUUUAGGUUACUGAUUUGCCCAUUACAGGGACAAAUAACUUCCAAAAACAAUGGAGAUAUUAUUCAUUCACAAUCCCAGGAAAGGAUUUAGGAACUAGAUUAGUUUAAACAACAAAUUCCAAUCAAUUCAUUUACAAAGGCUAUUAUGCUGUUGCUUAUUAUGCAGCAGGAACUGAUUAAGUGUAAUACACUUUCUUUUUUGAAUUCUCUCUCACUGUUGACAAAUCAAGUGGUGCUUCAGUUGACACAGCAUUCAAGCCAUUAACUUAAACAGCCACAGCAGGAUGUGCUGUUGGUGCAUCUUGCAACGCAAAAGCUGAUACAAUCUUAAAAUGGUGCACAGAUUUAUAAUGUACAGCAUUUUCGCAACCAGAUUUGCACUUGAACGACUAAUUUGUUCUUCAAUAGGUCGUCACCACUACAGGAAUGAACUAUUAUUUGACUGGAACUGAAGUCUGGUACACCGGUAAUGGAUUGAAUAAGAAAGCAACAAUAGUUUCAGUUAAUAAUUCAGUCAAAGGGCAAGUAAUUAUCUAAUUAAAGGCUGAAAUUGCUUGGAGAUCAGUCACUAUCAAAGUUACCUCUACUUUAUCAACAGCUUAAACAGGAGGAAGAAGACUUUUAACAGAAUAAAUUACCUAUGAUCCAGUAAGUGGACAAACAGAUACAAUAGAAUGCAUCAAGGCUGAAGGAUCAGAAAAAUGCCCAACAUGCGAUCAAGAAAAAGCUGCAAAUGGAUAUUCCAGCGAUGAAUGUGUCGAUGUAGAUAAUUCAUCAUCUAAUGGGUAUAUUUUAGCAGCAGGAUUAUUUGCCAUGUUUAUCAUGGUGUGAUUAUUUUUUAUGUAGAGGCAUUAUAAACAAACUAAUUAUUUUUUACAUCAUUUUUUGAAAAUAUUAAAUAUCCUAAAAAUUUUGAAAUUUACAUUAAUAUAGUAUAGAUUAUAAAUCGUUCAGAAAAUCUUCAAAUCAUUUACUGAUGAUCGGGAGAUUAUGCAAAAGAGUAAUC